GGAGUCCAAGAAAAGGAGUUAAACUAACAGGAGUUCCCUUUUUUCAUAAGUGGUUUCGUGUGUCUCUCCCUAAAUUAUGUACACGUAAUUGCUGCUAAUUACCGUGCCCACUUAGAGCUAUAAAAGCAGCCAGCUCGUUGGAAAAUAAAACCAGAACCAAGACCAAUGGACAGCCACAAGGAUCGGAUUGAGUCCAUGCGCCUGAUUCUCCGGGUCAUGCAGCUAUGUGGCCUCUGGCCCUGGUCCCUGAGAGCUGGAGAGGAGUGGACCUUGUCCGGUUUCGUGAAGAGCAACUACCGCUUCCUGCUGCACCUGCCCAUAACCUUCACCUUCAUCGCACUCAUGUGGCUGGAGGCCUUCAUCUCGAGCAACCUGGAGCAGGCUGGCCAAGUGCUCUACAUGUCCAUCACGGAAAUGGCCUUGGUCAUAAAGAUCCUGAGCAUCUGGCACCAUCGCCGUGAGGCCUGGCGCCUGAUGCACGAGCUGCAGCACUCCCCGGACUACCAGUUUCGCAACCAGGAGGAAGUGGACUUCUGGCGGCGGGAGCAGCGCUUCUUCAAGUGGUUCUUCUACAUCUACAUCCUGAUUAGCUUGGGCGUGGUGUACAGCGGCUGCACCGGAGUGCUCUUCCUGGAGGACUACGAACUGCCCUUCGCCUACUACGUGCCAUUCGAUUGGCGAAAUGGGGGAAGAUACUGGUUUGCCUAUGGCUACGACAUGGCGGGCAUGACGCUGACCUGCAUCUCGAACAUAACUCUGGACACCCUGGGCUGCUACUUCCUGUUCCACAUAUCGCUCUUAUACCGCCUGCUGGGCCUGCGAUUGAGGGCUCUAAAGAACAUAGGGGAUGACUUGUAUUUUGGCCAGGAGUUGCGUGGCAUCUUUAUUUUGCAUCAGAGUGUGCGAAGAUUAACCCUCACCUGCCAGAAAAUUGUUUCACCCUACAUCCUAUCCCAAAUCAUUCUGAGUGCCCUGAUCAUCUGCUUUAGUGGAUACCGCUUGCAGCACGUGGGAAUCCGUGAUAAUCCCGGUCAGUUCAUAGCCAUGCUGCAGUUCGUUAGCGUGAUGGUCCUGCAGAUCUUCCUGCCCUGUUACUAUGGCAAUGAGAUAACCGUCCAUGCCAACCAACUGACCAACGAGGUGUAUCACACCAAUUGGCUGCAAUGCGGGCCACCGAUUCGCAAGUUCCUAAACGCCUACAUGGAGCACCUCAAAAGACCCGUGACCAUUCGAGCUGGAAACUUCUUUGCCGUUGGAUUGCCCAUUUUUGUUAAGACCAUCAACAAUGCCUACAGUUUCUUUGCUCUUCUACUGAAUGUAUCGAACUUAAGCAUAUUGGGAGUCUCGGAAUCGAAACUCCUUACUGCUUCAGAGGUGGUGCUGAUAAUGGAGUCUACGAACCGAUUGAGUGCCAUUCAAUUUCUGUUGGUGAUCCAGCGCUGGACGGGACUUCUUAAGUGGAAAAAUGAAGAAGAAAAUGGCCUCUUAGCCUGGCUACAACGCAUCUAUCCGUUCGUGCUGCACCUUCCCCUGACUUUCACCUACAUAGCUCUCAUGUGGUACGAGGCCUUAACUUCUGCAGAUUUCGAGGCGGCUGGUCAGAUCUUAUACAUGUCCAUCACCGAACUGGCAUUGGUCACUAAACUGCUGAAUAUUUGGUACCGACGAAAUGAGGCUGCUAGCCUCAUACACGAACUGCAGCACGACCCUGCCUAUAAAUUGCGAAAUGUCGAGGAAGUACAAUUCUGGGAGCGAAACCAAAGGGACUUUAAGCGCGUCUUCUACUGGUACAUGGGAGGCAGCCUUUCUGUGGCCGCCAUGGGAUAUAUCAGCGUGUUUUUCCAGGCGGAGUACGAGCUGCCCUUCGGCUACUACGUGCCCUUUGAGUGGCGCACCAAGGAGCGGUACUUCUACGCCUGGGGCUACAACGUGCUGGCCAUGACCCUGUGCUGCCUAUCCAACGUCCUGCUGGACACUCUGGGCUGUUACUUCAUGUUCCAGAUCGCCUCGCUUUUCAGGCUGAUCGGAAUGCGACUGAGGGCACUGCAAAAUGCUCCAGAGGAGAAGGCCAGGCCGGAGUUGCGGCGCAUUUUCCAGCUGCACGCUAAAGUGCGCAGGUUGACGAGGGAAUGCGAGGUGCUAGUUUCGCCCUAUGUCCUGUCCCAGGUGGUCUUCAGCGCCUUCAUCAUCUGCUUCAGCGCCUAUCGACUGGUGCACAUGGGCUUCAAGCAGCGACCUGGUCUCUUCCUGACCACCGUGCAGUUCGUGGCCGUCAUGGUCGUCCAGAUCUUCCUGCCCUGCUACUACGGCAACGAGCUGACCUUCCAUGCCAACUCCCUCACCGACAGUGUCUUUAUCACCAAUUGGCUGGAGUACUCCGUGGGCACCAGAAAGCUGCUCAACUGCUACAUGGAGUUCCUCAAGCGUCCGGUCAAAGUGCGGGCUGGUGUCUUCUUCGAAAUAGGACUGCCCAUUUUCGUAAAGACCAUCAACAAUGCCUACAGUUUCUUCGCCCUGCUGCUAAAGAUGUCCAAGUAAAGUGAGACAUGAGCCGGGAUCCAACCAACUCCAGCAGCACAAUGGCAGCACACACACCCACGGGUCGGAUACGUAACACUGUAACUCAUACGCCGCGUUGUUGUGAACAUGGAGAAUAAACGCCUGCAGCCAACAAGGCAUUUCGCCAGCUAUUAAACUAAGUGUCGCAGCCAAAAGGAAGAACAUGAAAUCGGGCUCGCCUGCGACUAGACUAGACGUCGGGGGAUCUGGGUAUGAGAUAUGUGUGCCGGGCUGGGAAAAGGACCGAAACAGGACCUCGAACGGAAGCACGCGCCGUUGCCUAGUGCAGCGGCAACUUCCACGACGACAUUGUUGGCGCACAAAAGAAGUACCAUACACAACAACAAAAAAUAAUAAAGCACAAAAUACGAAAUACGAAAUACAAACGAAAGGCAGCCAAACGGAUAUGCGAAAAACGCGUGCAAUGCAAGUGUGAAUGGCGGCGCUGCUGUCCCGCCGGAAAUGCAUUCAAAGGGUUAAGCACAAAUCCGCACAAUGGCCCCGGCACCGCGACUUCGCAGCCGGAGUGCUGGCCACAUGAGCU